AUGCACGCCUUGCGCGCACCGUGUAUGGCCUUCGGGGGUGUCAGAGGAAGACCUCAGCCGCAGGGGAUUGCAACACCGCCAACACCUGCUGCUGAUGCUCCAAAAGACUACCUGUCAGAAACGGGCACUUCAGUGUCACACUCAGCACCGGAACCAGAGGCAGGCGCUGCAGAGGGGCCCCUAUCUGCAGCAGCUACAGCGGAUGCAAGCGACGGCAACAGCAGCAGCAGCAGCGCGUUGCUGCAACUGCCCGCAGCGCACGUGCAGCGUGUCGUGAAGGAGCAGCUCAAGCAAUAUGCUGUCAGAGGCGAGAAGCGUGCUGUUUCAGCCUUGGGACGGUGUGCCUCUCUCUUCUUAGUGUAUCUUGCAGAUGCUGCAGCGGCGGCAGCAGCAGCGGGAAAGAGGCAAACGGUUGGAGCUACCGAUGUGCUUGAGGCUCUGAAACUGCUAGGUUUCUCGGAAAUUGCCGAAGAAGUACAGCAGCAGCAGCAACAGGAAGGACGCUGGCAGCAGCACCAACAGCGCAGGCAGCGGGAGCCUCCGGGAGAUAUAGCAGAGGCAGGCGCACAAAGAGCAGCACUCACCGUAGAAGCAGCAGCCGCAUCCGAAACAACGGCUUGCUGCACGCCGACAGGAGCAGAAGACUUGGCAGUGGAUGUAGACAGGCUGGAUUCGCUUGCAGCAGCAGCAGCGGCAGCAGCAGCGGCAGCAGCAGGUCCAGGUGGAGCAGGGCCAGUUCUCUUCCCAGGAGCAGUACAGACAGCAGCAGGCGCAAAGGCAAGCGGCAGCAGUGAUGCUGCGCUCCACGCAAGCACCCUUGCAGAGCUCAUUGAUCAGAGCUUUGAGGCAUAG